AUGCAGGCGCUGGCACGCGCGGCCGSCCGCCCCCCGCGGCCCCUCCGCGGCGCCCGGGGGCUGCGGCUGGUGCAAUUCCAGCGGGAGCCGGGCGGCCCGGGCCGCCUGGGGCUGGAGGAGGCCGAGGGCGGCAGCAUCGUGGACCUGGGCGCCUGCGAGCCGCCGCUGCCGCCCUGCACACGCGCCUUCCUCGAGAGCGGCGCCCGCGCCGCCGAYGCCGCCCGCAGGGCGCUGGACUCGGGCCGCCACCGGCUGCCGCGCGCGGCGGUGACGCUGCUGGCGCCGGUGACGGAGCCCAGCAAGGUGAUCUGCGUGGGCCUCAACUACCGCGACCACUGCGCCGAGCAGGGCGCCGCCGUGCCCCGCGAGCCCGUCAUCUUCAGCAAGUUCCCCAGCGCCAUCGCCGGCCCCUACGCCGACAUCGAGCACCCGGCCGAGAGCAACGAGCUGGACUGGGAGGCCGAGCUGGCCUUCGUCAUCGGGAGGAAGGGCAAGCACGUCCCCGAGGAGGCGGCCAUGGAGCACGUGGCCGGCUACGCCGUGGCCAACGAYGUGAGCGCCCGCGACUGGCAGAUGCGGCGCAACGGGCGCCAGUGGCUGCUGGGCAAAACCUUCGACACCUUCUGUCCCCUGGGGCCGGCUUUGGUCACCACGGACGAGGUGGCGGACGUGCACAACCUGCGCAUCCGCUGCCGCCUCAACGGGGAGCUGGUGCAGAGCAGCAACACGCGCGAGCUCGUCUUCGGCGUGCCGCAGCUCGUCGCGUGGGUGUCGCGCUUCGUCACGCUGCUGCCCGGAGACGUCGUCCUCACGGGAACGCCGCCCGGCGUGGGCGUCUUCCGCAAGCCGCCCGUGUUCCUCAAGCGAGGCGACGUGGUGCAGUGCGACAUCGAGGGGCUGGGCGCCAUCCGCAACAGGGUGGUGUGA